AGAAACUCUGGAGCGUCAACAUCACAAAGAUAGCAACAUGGCCAACAGCAAGGAUAAUAUCAUUAAUCCUAAUGAACACUUGGAGAUACCCAAGUGGAUAAAUGGGAUAUACUUUGAGCAGGUUCUGCAGAAAGAUGAGCCAAAUUAUGAGAAGAUACUAAGCUUCAACCCGGUGGCUGCGAUUCCGCCGGGCGAGAACUUCACCUCGAUUAUGCUGCGAAUUCACUUUGAUCUUCAAAUGAAGGAUGGCACUACCAAGCACAAGACGUAUAUAUUCAAAACCAUGCUCGCUGAGGAGCGCGGCGGCAAGGAGAUCCGUGAGGGUGGCAUCUUUGAUAAGGAGCUGAUGAUGUACCAGACCUACCUUCCCGCCUUCGAGGAGCUUUACCGUGCAGCUGGAGAACAGAUUCAGCUGGCGCCCAAGUGUCUGCAUACAGAUCAGCGCGAGAACGGCAUUCACUUUGUGUUCGAGGACCUGGGAGUGAAGCAUUUCCAAAAUGUUGAUCGCAUUCAGGGUCUGGACCUCAUCCACAUGAAGAGAUCUCUACAAAAACUGGCUGAAUUCCAUGCGGCAGCUGCAGUUUAUGCUGAGAAAAAUGGAUCCUAUCCCGAUCAUUUCGAGGAAGGAUUCAUUGCGAAAGACAAAGUUGAGCUUCAUGAGCAGGGAUUUCAUGUUAAGGCCAGGUCUUAUCACAAGGCCAUGGCGGGAUGGGGCUUAGAGGACCAGGAAAAGUACAUCAAGAGUUUUCCCACGGCACAGCAGUAUGUAAAAAUGUGUGAAAGCAAUUUGACUGCAGAUACCAAGGCCUUUAACACGCUUACCCAUGGCGACUUUUGGUCCAGUAAUCUUAUGUGCAACUAUCUGGCCAAUGGCAAUAUUGAUGAGGUUAUCAUGGUGGACUUUCAGCUAUGCAAAUGGGGCAGUCCUGCCCAGGAUCUACUUUUCUUCAUCACCCUCUCGGCGGCUAGGGAUAUAAAGCUAAAGAAGUUUGACAAUUUUGUAAGGAUUUAUUGGGAGCGACUGGUAGAGUGCCUGAAGCUCUUGAAAUACCAGCAGCCCCUUCCCAAAUUGCGAGACAUUCAGACGUCCUUGUAUCAGGAGAACAACACUAUCUACGCCUUCAUUGCAAUCUUCAAUCACUUGCCUGUAAUCCAAUUCCCCUCGGACAAGGAAUCCAACUUGCAUUCCCUUAUGAGGGACGAUGAAGAAGGUGACAAGUUUCGCCUGCGUCUGUUUACAAAUCCUUCGUUUUGCAAUCUUAUGAGGGAAAUAUAUCCCUUUUUCUACAAUCGCGGAAUCUUUAACUUUAAUGACUACAAAUAACUUAUGAAUCUCUGAUAUAAAGAAAUAAAACUCAA